AUGGCGCACGGCGUGACGACGACGACGGCGACGCUCGCGGGGAUGAACGCCCGGACGACGGUGAAGACGCGGGUGAAGGGCGUUGCGACGCGCGAGACGACAGGAAACCACGGCUCUUUGAGGUUUUCGCUUCGAGGUCGACAGCGCGCGGUGCGGGUGCGCGCGUCGAGGGCGAGCGUCGAUGGAGCGGGACGAAGGGGUGAUAUCGUCGUCGUUGAUGCGUUCAGGAACGCGCCUGAACCAAAGGUUGAGGAGGAGGAGGGCUCGGUGUUGGACUUUCCGGAGGAGUACGUGCGCGCGGUGCCGUCGAGGCGUCCGGACAUCUUCCCUGAUCUGAAGGAGCCUAAGAUGCCGAUGCCGAGACCGAUGCCGGGCGACCCGGAGAUGCCGGACGAGGAGUCCGAGGAGAAGGAACGCAAGGAGAACCCAGGCGAACCGGGCGAGAAGCCGGAAGACGAGGAAGAGGAGGACGCCGAAAAGAAGAAGAAAAAGAAGAAGAAGGAGUUAGAGGAAGAGGAGGAGUAA